CCACAGGUAAAACGCGGGAUUCUAUGACUCAGUCGCGUGCUUUCGCAUUUGGCAGUAUUUCAGCGACUCCCGCGAUUUUCAAUAGAAAUAUCUCGUGCUGAUCGUAUUGAUUUUUAAUCUCGUGAUAGAGCUUGAUUAUUUAAUCUGUUAUCAUGGAAGUUCAGUCAAUUAUUAUUGAUGAUAUCCAGAAACUGAGGGAAAACACGGUGCAAAAUAUAUUCAGUGAAAGUGAGGAUGCAGAAAUUAGAAGUUCCGAAUCAUCGGAGCUGAUAUUAGGACAGACGACGCCUCUUGGAAAUAUCUCAGAACUGACGGAGAGCCUAAUUUUAACAUCUGCAUCCAAUGUGAAUCCACAAACACUCGAUUCCUUCAACAUUUCGUGCAUCAUCUCGUGUGCACCGGAGCUACCAGAAUCCCCGUUGCACGAUGAAGUCAUCUACCACAAAAUAGAAGUCAUUGAUUCGGGUUGCUCGAGAAUACUACAAUAUUUUGACCCGGCGGCGGACCUCAUUCAUCAAGUUUCAAGUCUCGGUGGAAAGACUUUGGUAUACUGCGUAGCGGGUGUUAGCAGAUCUGCAAGUAUUUGUCUGGCCUACCUUAUGAAAUAUCAAAAAUUAUCCCUUCUUGAAGCAUACAAUUACGUGAAACUCCGAAGACCUAGGAUAAAACCGAACUGCGGAUUUUUCAAGCAACUCAUCGAGUAUGAAAAACAGUUAUUCGGUUGUAACACAGUGGAAAUGGUGUUCAACGAGUUCGUCCAAAUGGAAAUUCCAGACGUUUACCAGUGUGACUACAAGGUGCCAGCAAGUUAUGUUAAGAAACGGUGCAAGAAUGGGAGAUAUUGACUCUAGUUCAGUGGGUUUUUGGUAAUACUGGAUACGUUCAAGUAGAAGAACAACAUAACCUAUUUAUUGGAUCUGAUUGAAAUCAGGAAAAUCCAAUUCAAUAGUACAGCCAAGAUAGGCAGAAUAAAAUCCCAUUGAAUUAUCGAUAAAAUCGAAAAGUCAAAUGGAAAGAUACUCCAUCGAGUUUUUACUAGAUAUCUAAGAUCUUAUGGAGAAAAAUGCAAUAAAAAUAGAAAUGAACCAAAUCAUAUAUGAAUGCUGUUAAUAUCUAAUUUCUUGUUGAACAUACAAAAAAAUGAUAGUGGUAUUUUGAAAACUGAUCGUUUUAUGAUUCGUUUGUUAAAUAUACAAGGGACCAAUUUGAA